UUCAUUUUAGAUACGAAGCUAGAGAAAGAUGGAAAACGGGAACAAUCAUUUCACCAACGGCGUGCACGAUCCAAGCGACACCAAAGGAAAGGUCAUCACUUGUAGAGCUGCUGUUGUGUAUGGGCCUGAGGAGCCUUUUGUACUGGAAGAUGUUCAAGUACAACCACCUCAGAAAAUGGAGGUCCGGAUCAAGAUCCUCUUCACCUCUAUCUGUCAUACUGAUCUCAGCGCCUGGAAAGGAGAGAGCGUGGCUCAAAGAGCAUAUCCACGAAUUCUAGGCCAUGAAGCAUCUGGGAUCGUGGAGAGCGUCGGAGAAGGGGUGACGGAUGUGAGGGAAGGAGACAAAGUGGUGCCGAUUUUCAACGGGGAAUGCGGCGAGUGCGACUGCUGCAAGUGCCCGAAGACUAAUAUUUGCACGAAUUUUGGGGUCAACCCUAUGAAGACGGUGAUGGCGGGCGACGGGACCAGCAGGUUCACCAACAAGGAAGGGAAACCGAUCUAUCACUUUCUCAACACAUCAACUUUUAGCCAGUUCACCGUUCUGGAUUCCGCUUGCGUCGUCAAGAUUGACUCCGACGAUUCUCAUCUCAAGAAAAUGACUUUGCUCAGCUGCGGAGUUUCCACAGGAGUGGGAGCUGCAUGGAACACUGCCAAUGUCCAAUCAGGAUCCAAGGUGGCAAUUUUUGGCCUAGGCUCUGUGGGGCUUGCUGUUGCUGAAGGUGCAAGAGCCAGAGGAGCGUCCAAAAUCAUAGGCGUUGACAUCAACCCUAGUAAAUUUAGCAAAGGCCGAACAAUGGGGGUCACGGACUUUAUAAACCCUACCGAGCUUGAGAAGCCACUGCAUGAGAAAAUUAGAGAGAUGUCUAAAGGAGGGGUGGACUACAGCUUUGAAUGGGUAGGGAAUGUGGAUGUUCUCCGGGAGGCCUUCUUGUCUACACACGAGGGCUGGGGAUUCACUGUCGUAUUGGGAAUUCAUCCAUCCCCCAAAAUGUUUCCAAUCCAUCCAAUGGAGUUCUUUGCUGGUCGAGGAAUAACUGGCUCAAUCUUUGGAGGCUUUAAAGGGAAGACCCAACUUCCCCAUUUUGCCAAAGAAUGCAUGCGUGGGGUGGUGGAGCUGGAUAAAUUUAUAACGCAUGAGCUUCCUUUCGACAAGAUUAACGAAGCAUUUCAGCUGCUAAUGGACGGCCAGUCCUUGAGAUGCCUUUUGCACCUAUGAGCAGCAUCUGCAUUUUCUUAUAUGGCUGAGGAUUUGUGUGCGUGUGAAAAGUUGUAAAUUUUGCCUUCCCCCUUUUUCUUUCCUUGGUGUUAAGAGUACCAUUCACCCCGACCGGGUUGAGUCGGGAUGUGAGAUACGAGGUGGGACUAUGCGAAACAUUUUCCUGUUCCUUCUAGGUUUCUCUUUGUUGUUUGGUGAUCUGAGUUAGUUGAUUUGUGUUUCUUUAUGCAAUACUACUACGUCGGCCUUGUUACA